AGCAGUAGGACCCUGCGCCAGGAGCCACGGGGCGGUCGCGCGGCUGGGCACGCCCCAACUGCACCCCAGCCCCAGCACAAGGCGGUUGCGAGGCGACCUGAGCACAUAAACCUCCGGGCGGGUCUCCAUAGUGACUGGCGGAUGCCCUGGCCAAUUGUGUCCCGGCGCUUGUUUAUCUCCACCCCAUCCCUCCUCGGGGGACCGAUAUUUCCAAGACUGACAGGCCGUUCCGGGUGCUGUUACGUAAGGGGAGGAUCAAUUGCAGCCUCACCCAAACCGGAGUGAUUUGAUUGGCAGGACGAAGGGCUGUCUUCCCAACGCCCCCGGAAAAACGUCCUUGACGGGCAGAUGUGAGAGCCAGUUGGCGCCAGGAGGCAAGGCGGAAGCCUUGGGCCCAGGGGCGUGCGGCAGGGGGUGGAGCCCGGCGCCGAGGGCAGGGCAGGGUGGGGCGGGGCGGGGAUCAACCUGGAGCUGGGCUGGCGCUACGGCCGGAGAUGCUGUCGGGCCGCGACAGCGCUCGGCAGCCAAGAGCUCUGCAUUGAAGGCACCGGGGUGAGAUGCACUGCCCGGUACAGUGGUAAAGUGAAUGCUGCAGACAGAAGAUUUUGAUGACACACCACUGAAUUUGUUUGGAAUACACGUUAUGAACCCUUUCUGGAGCAUGUCUACAAGCUCUGUACGCAAACGAUCUGAAGGUGAAGAGAAGACACUAACAGGGGACGGGAAAACCAGUCCUCCACGAACUGCACCAAAGAAACAGCUGCCUUCCAUUCCCAAAAACGCUUUGCCCAUAACUAAGCCUGCGUCUCCUGCCCCAGCAGCACAGUCAACAAAUGGCACGCAUGCGUCCUAUGGACCCUUCUACCUGGAAUACUCGCUGCUUGCAGAAUUUACCUUGGUUGUGAAGCAGAAGCUACCGGGUGUCUAUGUGCAGCCAUCUUACCACUCUGCAUUAAUGUGGUUUGGAGUAAUAUUCAUACGGCACGGACUUUACCAAGAUGGCGUAUUUAAGUUCACAGUUUACAUCCCUGAUAACUAUCCAGAUGGUGACUGUCCACGCUUGGUGUUUGAUAUUCCCGUCUUUCACCCGCUAGUUGAUCCCACCUCAGGUGAGCUGGAUGUGAAGAGAGCAUUUGCAAAAUGGAGGCGGAACCAUAAUCAUAUUUGGCAGGUAUUAAUGUAUGCAAGGAGAGUUUUCUACAAGAUUGAUACAGCAAGCCCCCUGAACCCAGAGGCUGCAGUACUGUAUGAAAAAGAUAUUCAGCUUUUUAAAAGUAAAGUUGUUGACAGUGUUAAGGUGUGCACUGCUCGUUUGUUUGACCAGCCUAAAAUAGAAGACCCCUAUGCAAUUAGCUUUUCUCCAUGGAAUCCUUCUGUACAUGAUGAAGCCAGAGAAAAGAUGCUGACUCAGAAAAAGAAGCCUGAGGAACAGCACAAUAAAAGUGUUCAUGUUGCUGGCCUGUCAUGGGUAAAGCCUGGCUCAGUACAGCCUUUCAGUAAAGAAGAGAAAACAGUGGCGACUUAAGAGAUGGUGAAUCUGGUGCACCAUGCACUUUCCUGCUGGACUCUGGCCUAGUUCAAGCUGACCAAUGGCAGAGGACUGCCUGAAGAGUAAAGCUGUGUGAACAAUGACUGACUGCCAGUGUUUUCCAUGUAUGCAUAGGUUCUAACAGCAGGUUUUGGAAACCUCUCUCUAAGUAAUGCAUUACUUCUGUCAGAAGUGUCUUAGGGUGGUUAUCUAGUUCAGUACUCCAAAUUUUGGGGACCUUGAGGCUUAAGUAUUUUUCUGAAUAUAAUGCUAAAGGUAAGUUGCAUUCAUUUAAACUAAUAGAGCAGACAGAAUUCAGCACUACUUAAUAGUUUGUAAAUCAGUGGUUUCAGUUGUAUAUAUGUUAGGAAAUGGAGAGAUAUAGAGAGAGCAGGUUCCAUAGCUCAGCACUUUUAAGUGGAAGAUCAUUUGAAUCUCAAGUCUUCAGCCUGCACUGAUUUAUAGCCUGCACUGUCUUACUGAUUUAUAAACUGAAAUCACUGAGAAAUGUCUUUAGUUGAGUGAGAAGAAACCAGAACACUUGUUCCUAGUGUUGUGUUGUUUUUUAAGCAAAUUACUCACUGUAUUUUUAUGGCAGGAGGGAGAAAAAGUGUUAACGGUUUCUAAUGAAGUCAGAUAUUUAAAUGAUGAAUGACUAAUGUGUUUAGUAGAGACAAAAUAAACCAAUAAAGGAUUGUUCUUUGCCAUUUA